AUGAGGAUACGAUACACGGUUCAGUUUGUGAAACGGAGCAAACGUGCACACAACGACGACGACGACGACGACGACGACGACGACGACGACGACGACGCCAGCAACGGCGGUGACUGGAGUACUCGAAGAUACAGUUCAGUUGUGUCGUAUUCUCCACGACUAGAGGAUGUCAUCGGGACAGCCAAGACGCCCGUCCCGAUCCUCUUGAGGGUCUACUUCGCCAUAUGUACUGGCAACAGUACAGCAAGCUGUCUGUUUUGGCGCAAACAAUAG